AAAGAAGAAAACACAGCUACACUAUUGUUGGAAUAUUUGAAAUGACCAUGUAUAUGAACUGACACGAAAAAAUAUGAAAAAAUGAAUUUAGAACAUGAAAAUACACAUGGGAACGGGCUGUUAUACGCUGGAUGGAACCAAGACCAAGGAUGUUUUGCUUGUGGAAUGGAAAAUGGAUUCAGAGUAUAUAAUGCUGAUCCGCUGAAAGAAAAAGAAAGACAAGAUUUCUCUGAUGGAGGAAUUAGACAUGUAGAAAUGCUUUUCAGAUGUAAUUACUUAGCUCUAGUAGGAGGAGGUAAAAAUCCUAAGUAUCCAUGUACAAAAGUUAUGGUAUGGGAUGAUUUAAAGAAGAAACAUGUAAUUGAAUUAGAAUUUUCUACAGACGUCAAAAGUGUGCGGCUGAGAAGAGAUAGAAUUGUAGUAAUAUUAGACACAAUGAUAAAAGUGUAUACUUUUACACAGAACCCUCAGCAACUUCAUGUGUUUGAAACAUGCACAAACCCAAGAGGUCUAUGUGUCAUGUGUCCUAACAGCAAUAAUUCAAUACUUGCAUUUCCUGGACGUAAACCAGGCCAUGUUCAGGUGGUAGACCUGGCUAACACAGAAAAAUCACCCACAGACAUAGCUGCUCAUGAGGCACCUUUAAGCUGUAUAGCUCUGAACUUACAAGGCACAAGGUUGGCUACAUCAUCCGAAAAAGGAACAUUAAUCCGAGUGUUUGAUCCUAUGUCAGGGUUACAGUUGCAUGAACUAAGAAGAGGUGCAAAUAGUGCUAACAUUUAUUGUAUAAAUUUCAAUCAAGAUUCCAGUUUGCUUUGUGUAGCAAGCGAUCAUGGAACAGUCCAUAUAUUUUCUACAGAAGAUCCUAAACGAAAUAAACAAUUAGGUAUUGGGUCUGCUAGUUUCCUACCGAAGUAUUUUAGCUCAACAUGGAGUUUUUCCAAGUUCCAAGUUCCUGGUGGUGCUAGAUGUCUUUGUGCCUUUGGUGCAGAUUCUAAUUCUGUGAUAGUUGUGUGUGCUGAUGGAAGCUAUUACAAAUUUGUGUUCAACCAGAAGGGGGAGUGUACUAGAGAUGUAUACGCCCAGUUCUUAGAGAUGACAGAUGAUCGAUCAUGAUUUUUCUUGACAUUUAAGAUGACUUUAAGAUUAUUUAAAUUAUGCUUUUGUUACAUAUUAAAGUAGUUUCUCAAUAAAUGGAUACCAUCAUUGUAAACAUUGUGGAAAUUAUUUUUUUGGGGGUAAAAUUGAUACAGUCAAACCUGUUGAAACUCUCACUUUAAUUCACAUGUCCCCUUUUAACUUAUAGCAAACGUGAGAUGCAGACAAACAAUUUCUCUAUAUUUAAAAAAAAUUAUUUUAAGGGUCACCUGUCUAAUGCAUUUAAAAUCAUUGUUUCAUCGUAAUUACAGCAAUUUCCAACAGGCCAGGAAAUUACCUGAUUGUAUAAAAAUGUUAUAAAACAUGGCAGGGUAAAUUUUGUCUGCACAGAUAUUGAGGUUGACUGAUGUAUUAAAGGACUACAAUCACAAGAAAAACAAACUUUAAUUGUAUAUGUAUUUACCGUACAGAGUUUUAAUGAAGUUACCUCUCUUAAGAGUUCUUUUUGGUAUUUCGCAUGCCAUGAGUGACUGCUUAAAAUAGGUUUGACUGUAUUGAUAUUAAAUUCAUUUAUUGACUGUAAAACCGAUUGUCAGAGACUAUGACAUGACUGCUUUUUACAAAGUAACUUUAUAUGUGGUACCUUGUCAGAUUAAUUGAUGGUAUAAAAAAACCAGGAUUAUAUCAAACAUUUUGGAGGUUGAAAGAAUAUAUUGUCCUGUUUGUUUUCAUUUGCAGAUACACAUGUAGUGAUAGAUCAUUUUUUGAAGAGUUAGAGUUGUAUAUGUGUGCUCCAUUUGAUAUAGAAUAUUGGAUGCAUGGAUCAACAUUCCAUAUUAGAACUGGUUGUAAACAAUGUAAGGCCAUAAAUAAAGAUUAUUGUUUCAAGUGUUGUCCAAGGUUUUUUUCUUAUAGAUAUCAAUGGUUCAAUGUUUUAAGUUUGUUCAUUAAUUUAUGAAUUACAGAUUUGUUUUUAGUAAAGUAUAUAAUGCAAAACAACUUGACUUGUGACAUGUCUUCCUGCAUGGAACUGCAGUAUUAAUUAUAAAACAUGUUUUCACAUACAGUGAAACCUGUGCUAACAAAACCAUAACUGUAAUGUAAACUAGAUUGUACUGUGACUGUGCAGUAGGUUAUUCUCAUGGGGUGCUUUUUGGAUAUGUAUUAGUUAUGAUAUUGAAAAAAGAUAAUAUAUUAUCAGAUUCAGUUUUAAGAUCAUGUUUUUCAUGUCUUAACAUAAGUCAAAAUGUUUUUAUUUUCUUAUAUGAAUUAACAAAUUGACAAGGAUGAAAGCAGUUGUGAUUUCAUUUAUGUUUUUUAGCAUAGGAGUUAACAGUGAUAUGAAAUGUUAAUGGUUAUAAGCAUUUUUUUUGUCAUUUUAUUCAGGACUUUAUUAUUGUUGGAGCUGAGAAACUGGGUUAGUAAGGAAACCCUAAACAUAUAUGUUUUUUUUUCUGGAACAACUACAGUGAUUAUACUGAUAUGACUACAUUUUACCUUAGUCAUGACGAGUAUAUAGGUGAGACAUAUCUGUUUUUCCAUACUUGAUUGUAUACAUAAAUCAAUAUAUAUUGUACUAAUACAAGAUGUUCACCACCCAUUUGGUUUGUUUGUACUAUACUGUAAAUUCAUAUAUCUUUAUGUACCUUCAUUUAUACCUUAUUAAAAAAAAAUGAAAUGAAUUUCUGAUAUGAUAAAUGUACAGUAUUUCAACAGAGAAAAUUGUGAGAAAAGAAGUAUGUCUGUUGAACUUUUAAGAUGACCUGGAAAAUACUCAAUUAUAUGUAUUUCAAAUUCAGUAGCUUAAUCUUGCAUUCAUUUGAAAUUGUACAAUCACUUGACACUGUACAAAGAUAAAUAUAUGCUUACAGUAGACCUAUUCUGUAUAUUUUUUUGGUCAUAUAAUGGUCUGACCAUAUGGGAUUACCUGCAUGGUUUAUGUUGAGCCAGACUACAUACCUGUAUAGUUAUCACAAUAUGAAGAAAGAUACAUGAAAAUAAAAUCAAAACACGAAGACAUGUAGACUAAGCAAAAUUAAA